CGGCGUCGCGCCAGGCAGGUCCGCGGAGGAUGGAGGGCUCCUGCUGAGAGCGGCGCUUCCUCCUCGGUGGGCUGGGCUCGGGGCCCGGGAGCUGGAGCUGGAGCCGCGGUGCCCUCUCGCGCUGGCUGCGUGUUUAGUAUGCGGAUCGUGCCCCCUCACUAAUGAGAGGGAGAAUGGGAACCCAGGGAAGCCCUGUGAAGAGCUAUGAUUAUCUGCUCAAGUUCCUGUUGGUAGGAGACAGUGAUGUUGGAAAAGGAGAAAUCCUGGAGAGCCUUCAAGAUGGAGCAUCCGAAUCCCCUUAUGCCUACAGUAACGGAAUUGACUACAAGACCACUACUAUCUUGCUGGAUGGCAGAAGGGUCAAGUUGGAACUCUGGGACACGUCUGGCCAGGGGCGAUUCUGCACCAUUUUCAGAUCCUACUCCAGAGGUGCUCAGGGAAUUCUCUUGGUAUAUGACAUCACUAACCGGUGGUCCUUCGAUGGCAUAGACCGAUGGAUAAAGGAAAUUGAUGAGCAUGCCCCAGGUGUGCCCCGGAUCUUGGUUGGGAACAGGCUGCACCUUGCCUUCAAGCGGCAGGUGCCCACAGAGCAAGCCCGCGCCUAUGCUGAGAAAAACUGCAUGACGUUCUUUGAGGUCAGUCCGCUGUGCAAUUUCAACGUCAUUGAGUCCUUCACGGAGCUAUCGCGCAUUGUGCUCAUGAGGCAUGGCAUGGAGAAGAUCUGGAGACCGAACAGAGUGUUCAGCUUGCAGGACCUCUGCUGCCGUGCAAUCGUCUCCUGCACUCCAGUCCACCUCAUCGACAAGCUGCCGCUGCCUGUCACCAUCAAAAGUCACCUGAAAUCUUUCUCCAUGGCCAAUGGGAUGAAUGCAGUGAUGAUGCACGGGCGGUCGUAUUCCUUGGCCAGCAGUGGGGGUGGGAGUAGCAGCAAAGGGAACAGCUUGAAGAGAUCCAAAUCCAUCCGUCCACCACAAAGCCCCCCACAGAACUGCUCACGCAACAACUGCAAGAUCUCUUAGCGAGGCAGAGAGGCUGUCAGCUCCAAACACAUCCACACCGCCCCACUGAUGUACAGAUGUUUGCACAUGUAGCCCUUCUCCAUCAGAUCCUUUUGGACGUUCCUUGGGCAUUUUUCAAAUGGCACACAGAGUGCUGGGAACGCGCUCGUGUUGGGCCCAACACCCCAAGCAUCACAUCAGCUGGAUCCAGCGUCGCUGGAAGGAGAGGACUCUGCCAAGGGAAUCUUCAGAACGCUUUGGGCUUUUCCUCUUGGUCUUGGUGGCAAACUCAGCAGCUGCUGGGCUGGGGGAGGGAUGAGCCCAGCCUGUUUUGGCUGAGGAAUAGAUUUAACGGGAGAUCAAGAGGCUUAGGGGGUAGGCAAGGGAGAGUCUAUGCUGCAACUUUAACUCUUGGACUCCCAACGGAUUGCUGGUGCUAUAGUGAAUAUUGGACAGUUCUUUUUAGAGUAAAUGGGGUCAGGGCACAAUUGUAAGUUCUGCCAUGACAUUGGCUUGCCAUUGCCAAAAGAGGCAAAAAUUAGCUGACUGGGAAUCCAAAGGAGGCAGUCUGCUUGCCCUUUUCACUUAUUUAUAUAAAUAUUAUAUAAAUAUAUAUAUAUAUCUCAAUUCUUUUUUUUUAAGGGUUUUUUUUCCAAGAUGCAGUCAGGGAAAAAUUUUAUGCAGCCAUGUAAAUAGAAGCACUGAACUGCUGGUCCAGUGCGUUAGCUAAGUGGGAAGGGGGGGCGGGGACAGAUCUGCAAAUUUUAAGGUGAAAAUAUACAAACACUUUAAGAGACUGUAUAAAGAACCACGCAGACUUGUUCCACUUUUUUUUCAAUACUAUGUAUGCAAAAGAAAAGAGCAGUUUGUACCCAGUGGCCAUCUUCCCAGACUCUCCUGAUUUAAUGAUCAUGAGUAGCUGAGGUUAGUGGGGAGUUAACUGGAGAGGGAUAGACCAGGGAGUCUGACUAGUCAUCUUCCAUUAGCAGAAAAGAGUGCAGCUCUUAUGUUGGAGCCUCAAGGCAAAGCUUUGGUCAUGGCUAGUACUGGAGACCUCCAAAGUUGGCUGGUACCAGGGUGACUUCCCCACAACAGGCAGCAUCUUCCAGCACAUGGGUUUGGUCAGGACAAGCAUCAAGAAGCAAGGGAAUGUAAAGGUAAAAGGCACUUGCUGUUGGGCCUGAGGAGGGGUGCAUGGCUGACCUACUGUGCUACAGCACCAUCCCAGCGCCCCCCUCUCAGAUCUGCUUUAUCCCCCUUCAUCUUGCUAUCUAGGUUUAUUCACCUGCUCCUAAACUAAGAUUAGCACCCAAAGAAACGGGGAUCUUGAGCAGGCCCUGAAUUCUGGGUCAUUUCCUCCCCCCUAAAGUAUACCUCCUCCACCUUUUGCAAAGAACAUGUCUCUCAUCUCCUACCACUGCCUGCUGUUUCUUUUCUAGAUGGGGAAGAGGUGGUUGCUUAUGCUGGAGAGUGAAGUGAUGAGGACUGGGGCACUAGUAACUCCUUUAAGCCUUGCUAACUUGGAGUUUGCCUGCAUAAGGGAAAGCUGUUCAGCUCUGCCCAUAGACAGUCUUAGUUACUGCUUCAGUUGCUGCUGGAGCCUGUUCUAUUUCCACACAGUUUUUGUGGUUUCUAAGAGAACACAUAUUUUGAAAGAGAUGCAUAGUAUGGCAGAUAUCCCAUGUAAUGCUAUGGCAGUAGCUUUCCUGGCUGGAUCCUCUGGCUGUGACAUCUUGUGCCUGAAGCCCUUGUGAAAACUAGUUCUAGUGCCCACCCACCCCUCACUAAAGAGGACUGUGGAGGCCAACUGCAACGUAGUAGGAGUUGACUGGACCAAGCUGUGGCAGCAAGCUCUUGUAAGCCACGAGCACAUGCAGUCUGAAAUGACUUCGGACCAUCUGGCUGGAUGAACUCUUCUGUUUCUGCUCUACCAUUAUUGCACCUCCCUCUCACCCUGGCCUGUAUCCGCUCCAAAACAAUAGAGCACUAACUACCUUUCUCCUUACCCAAGGACAGGCUUGUUCUGGCAUCUCAAACAGCCAUAUGGGCAGGAUGAAGCUACUGCACUUCUCGCAUGGCUGAAUGCCCGCUUCAUGGAAGCAGCAACUAAAAGGCAGGCAGCAGUGGGGACUUGGCUAGCACAGCCCUUUCCCAUAGCAAACCUUCCUCCUGUGCCUUUUUCUUCCCUUCUCUGAGAGGGCCUGUAAAUGAAGGAGUCUCCAAACCCUAAGCCCAUGCCCCUGUGUUUAGGUUUCCCAGAUCAUCAAUGGCAUGUUUUAUUGCCUGGCUCAAAUGAGAGGAGAGAAUAAGCCAAGGGCAAGGGGAAAUCCUUUCCCGGUAUAGAGGCCAGGGGAUUUCUAGAACCUGUCUGUAGAACAACCACCACCUGUUCAAAAUCACUUAUCCCGGAGCAGAAGACAAUCACUGACUGGCAAUCUGGAGAUAUAUGGCCAACAGGUGAUGUGAAGCAGCCCAAACCACCAUCCAUCAGUUGGCGGGGAGAAACUGUAGAAAAACCUCUUUUGAAAACUGCUCUUGAAUGAAUGUUGUUUCCUUUAGACAAUGAAUUGUAGUUCCCGCUUCCAAGCUGCAAAUUGCCUGUUUACUCUCUCCUGUCUGGUACAUGCUCCGGUGGUGGGGAGGAGAUGAGGAUUUCAUGGUGCAAAAGAGAAGAUGCUGCAUGUUUAGAAACACUUUAACUACCUGUGCUUGGUUCUUGUUAAAAAGACUGAAAACUCCCAUCUCUUCUACCACAGUUAACUUUUAUUCUUGUAACAUUUCAGCAAAUUUUGUCCAGAAUGAAUGUGGAAAAAAUCACUUCUCUGGAAUAUCUGCUGAUCAAAGAUGAAUUCAUCUUUUUUACUUUUAAUUUUAAAAGUACAUGGUUUGGGGAUUUGAUAUCAACACUAGUCUGUAGCUGCUGUCUAACAGUUGUACCAUUCUUCCUGUAUUCUUUUGGACUGUUGUCCCCCCCCUUUUUUAAUUCCUUUGUACAGUCAGUGUUGUUCAAUUGUUAUACAUGUUUUGUUUUAUAUAAAUUAAAGCUUGUUUUUGUUUGGUUUUAAGCUACCAAGCAGGAUGUGGAAAAUCACAUGAAUUUAAAAA